UACAUCAACAUUAUCAUCUAUGCUAAAAAAAACAUUUUUUGUUAGACAUUGCUAAAUAUAUUGUUUUGUUUAUUCUUAAAGAGGGAGCGCAACAUUUCCCUUGUCGAGAAUGGCUGGGGAUCCAGAUUGUUUGCCGGAACUUGAACUUGAAGCAGUAAUUGGAUUUAAUGGUCAUGUAUUCUCUGGCAUGGUUGCACAUCCAGACACGGAGCAUCUAAUUUAUUGCCUUGGUUGCAACAUCAUAGUGAAAAGUCUUCAGACCAAUAAACAGGAAAUUCUCUAUGGCCACACUAACAAUGUGUCUUGUCUGGCUGUGUCCAAAAGUGGGAAAUAUGUGGCCUCUGGACAGGUCACAUUCAUGGGUUUCAAGGCAGAUGUCAUCAUCUGGGAUUUUGCAAACAGGUGUAUUUAUGCUCGCCUUCAGCUGCACAAGGCAAAAGUUGAAGCUGUGGCUUUUUCCCCAGGUGAAAAGUACCUUGCAACCCUUGGAGGCCAAGAUGACAGCAGUGUGGUCGUGUGGAACGUAGAGACCAAAAUGGCUAUUUGUGGUAGCCCGGCGUCUUCCAACAGUGCUGGCCAUUGUCAGGCUUUGCAGUUCUGCAACAACACAGAAGAAGUUUUUGUGUCUGCUGGCAAUGGAACCAUGCGGGUUUGGGAACUGGAUCUUGCCAACAGAAAAGUCCGGGCAACAGAGUGUCAGACUGGUCAGAUAAAGAGGAUUGUCAAAUGUGUUGAGAUCGGUCCAGACGAUAACUAUUUUUACUGUGGCACAACCAGUGGUGACAUCAUGAAAGUUAAUCUGCAGACCAGACUUCUGAAUGGAUGUGGCCCUUUGAAGCAAAAGUUCAACCAAGGAGUGCAUGCUUUAAAAGUACUGAAGUCGGGCGACUUGCUGGUUGGUUCGGGAGAUGGCAUGCUUCAUCUGUGCUGUGGAUCCAGCUAUAAAACACUGACGCAUGUGCAGCUGGAAGGAGGGGUGACCUCGGUGACCUUGCGUGGCGAGGGCCAGAUGUUCUUAGUGGGCACCGAUGCCUCUCAGAUCUACCGCCUCAACUACAUCGACUUCAAGGCGGACCUCAUCUACAGCAGCCAUAGCAAUGCAGUGAUGGACGUGGCAUUCCCCCAUGGCUGUUCGGAGCUCUUUGCCACCUGCUCAAAGAACGACAUCCGGGUCUGGCACACCGAGACCUCCAAGGAGAUGCUGCGGAUCACCGUGCCCAACAUGACUUGCAACGCCAUCCAUUUCUUCACAGAUGGCAAAUGCAUCAUCAGCGCCUGGAGUGAUGGCAAGAUCCGUGCCUUCACGCCUGAGACCGGGCAGCUGAUGUUCGUGGUGAACUGUGCCCACAGCAUGGGGGUGACUGCCCUGGCUGUCACCAAGGACAACAGCCGCAUCGUCAGUGGGGGUGGCGAGGGACAGGUUCGGGUGUGGGAGGCCUUGACAGAGCUGCACACACUCCUGGGAACCAUGAAGGAGCACAAAGCCACAGUCAACUGCAUUAAGAUCAAGAGCAACGACAAGGAGUGUGUGACUGCCAGCUCCGACGGCGCCUGCAUCAUCUGGGAUAUAGUGCGCUUUGUCCGAAAUCAGAUGGUGCUGGCCAACACUCUGUUCAAAACGGUCUGCUAUCACCCCGAGGAGUACCAGAUCCUCACCAGUGGCACAGACAGAAAGAUUGCAUAUUGGGAGGUAUUUGAUGGGGCUGCCAUCCGCGAGCUGGAAGGAUCUCAGUCUGGUGCCAUCAAUGGCAUGCACAUCACCCUGGAUGGAGAGCACUUUGUGACAGGUGGGGAUGACAAGCUGGUGAAGAUGUGGGGCUACGGGAGCGGGGACAUGUCCCAUGUGGGCAUGGGCCACAGCGCCAGCAUCACCAGCGUCACCGUCUGCUCCAACAGCAAGUACAUCGUCAGCACCAGCAAAGAUGGAGGCGUGCUGAGGUGGAGGUAUCCCCAGACUGCUCAGUGACAACCGAAAUGCUGAAAUGGUUUUUAGGAAGAACAAACAAAACAAACAGAAAACACACACUUUUCCAGUAUUACUUUUCAGGGAAACAUAUAUUUUUUGAAUACUAAUAUUGUAUUUUUGUACAAAAGUGUAGAGACUAAUACAACUGUUCUUGAUGCACUCUCGUGUUUUAUCUCUCUCUAUGCAUAUAUAAACUUUUAUUCAUAGCCUA